UUUACAAACUGUAGAGACAACGAGUGUGAGCAAACGAAUUAUUUUGAAAACGUGAAACGAAGAAGGAUCGCGGAAACCAAUCUCCAAGGUGGCGGGAGCUGGUGACAUCACCGCUUUCUUCACGUUCUUUGCCGCUUUUAAAAUGAUUCGAUUCCAUUCCAUGGAUCUCCGUGGGAGCAAGGUUGCUAAGCAGAUUUUCUCUUCACCAUGGGCGAUGAUGUGAUCUUGAGCAUGGAUGCAGUUGAAGCUGAAUCUGUGGAGAAGAAUAGAGAAACAGUAGAAGAAGAGAAGCAUGAGACGAAGGAGAUUCUCAGGUUGGAUUCCCUAGAAAACGAAGCCGGAAAGAUCUCUAGCUUCCACAGUGCUUCUAAAGUUUUGUCCAUAGCCACCGUUCUGCAACUGGCUUUUCAGAGCAUUGGAGUUGUGUAUGGGGAUAUUGGUACCUCGCCUCUUUAUGUGUUCUCGAGCACGUUCUCGGGCAGGAUUCCUAGCAAGAACGACGUCGUUGGCGCAUUGUCUCUUAUAAUCUAUACUCUUACUCUCUUCCCUCUCAUCAAAUACGUCUUCAUUGUACUCUGGGCUAAUGACAACGGAGAUGGGGGAACUUUUGCACUAUACUCACUGAUAUGCAGGAAUUCCAAGGUGAGUGCAAUUCCGAAUGAGAGACAAGAAGAGAUGGAGCUAUCUGCAUAUAAAUUGAGGGUUCCCAACAAGAACUUGAAGAGGGCUCAGAGGAUAAAGGACGCAUUGGAGAGGAGCAGUUGGGCUAAGACAAGUCUUCUUUCAAUGGCGCUUCUUGGUACUUGUAUGGUUAUUGGUGAUGGAAUCUUAACUCCCUGCAUUUCAGUUCUAUCUGCGGUUGAUGGAGUAAGGAAAUUUGAUGCAGGGAUGAGUAAAGAUGUUGUAGCCAUGAUUUCAGUUGUCAUAUUAGUUGUUCUCUUCUCGAUCCAAAGGUUCGGCACAGAUAAAGUAGGUUACACUUUUGCUCCCGCAAUCCUUAUCUGGUUCAUGUUCAUAGGAAGCAUUGGAAUCUUUAAUAUUUUCCGCCAUGAUAGUACCGUUCUCAAGGCCUUCAAUCCCAUCUACUUCAUCGCAUAUUUUAAGAGAGACAUGAAAGCAGCGUGGAUCUCACUUGGAGGAGUUGUUCUCUGCAUGACAGGAACUGAAGCAAUGUUUGCUGAUCUUGGUCAUUUCUCAGUGAGAUCAAUUCAGAUCGCAUUCUCUGGAAUAGUUUAUCCAUGUUUGAUCUGUGCUUAUGUUGGGCAAGCUGCAUACUUGUCUAUAUUCCCUGAAAAUGUAGCAGACGCAUUCUACAAAUCAGUUCCAGAGUCUGUUUACUGGCCAAUAUUUGUUGCCGCCAUCAUGGCAUCUAUCAUCGCAAGCCAAGCAAUGAUCUCUGCAACUUUUGCCAUCAUAAAGCAGUCAAUGGCGUUAGGCUGCUUCCCAAGAGUUAGAAUCAUUCACACAUCGCACAAACAUGAAGGCCAAGUUUAUAUCCCUGAGAUCAACUUUCUACUCAUGCUGGCCUGUGUUUUGGUCACUGCAUCCUUCAAAGAAACAACCAACAUUGCAAAUGCCUAUGGCAUUGCAGUGGUGGGAGUGAUGUUGGUUACCUCUUCACUACUGGUUUUGAUAAUGUUAAUGGUCUGGCAGACGAGCCUCCCUGUCGUUGCCCUCUUUGUGUUAAGCUUUGGCUCCUUCGAGCUUGUCUACUUCUCCUCAGUGCUCUACAAGUUCACAAGCGGAGGCUAUCUUCCACUUACUUUUGCUUCAGCUAUGUACUUUGUGAUGUAUGUGUGGAACUAUGUGCAGACAAAGCGUCACAACUUUGAAGUAGAGCAAAAGGUUUCUACAGAAUACUUGAACAGCCUCGGUUCCCACCUUGGCAUCUCAAGGGUCCCUGGUCUUGGCCUCCUCUACACUGAGCUCACACAUGGAAUCCCUGCCAUCUUUUCUCAUUUUCUCACGAACUUACCAGCAAUUCACUCUGUUCUUGUCUUCGUCUCUGUCAAGUACUUGCCCGUUAACACAGUGCCGGCCGAGGAGAGGUUUCUGCUGCGAAGAGUGGGACCUAAAGACUAUAAGAUGUACAGGUGCAUUGCAAGAUAUGGAUAUAAAGACAGGAGAAUUGGGCAUGACGAGUUUGAGGUUUUACUAAUGGAGAACCUCAAGAACUUCAUAAGAAAUGAGAGCUGGGAGGAAGGGGACUGUAAUGUAGAAGGAGAGGAGGAGAUUAAGUUCUUGGAGAAGUCAAGAGAAGCAGGAGUUGUUUACUUGCUGGGUCACAGUGAGGUCAGGGCUAGUGAGAAUUCUUCUUUGCUGAAGAGAGUGAUUGUCAAUUAUGUUUAUGAUUUCUUGAGGAGGAACUGCAGGCAGGGUUUUGUUGAUCUCCAGAUACCAAACAAGAACCUUCUGCAAGUUGGAAUGAACUAUAGCGUUUAAGGGCACUGAUAAUGCUAGUUACAGAAGGAUAGACCAGCUUGAUUAAAAUUUGGAAUUCCUAGGAAACAGAAUAUACUGCCCAAUGUUUCAUAUAAAUAAAUUGAUAUUUACAGGACAGGUAUGUAAAAUGUUAUCUGUUGUCGUUAGUGCUACAAUCUGA